AUGCAUUCACUCACUUUCAUGAUCGUUCUAUUGAUUCCAUUUGCUAACGGAGCUGUCGAAUAUCCAAGGGAAAUGAGCGCUGAUCUCCGCAAUGAGUUCUUUCAGUUCGCAGAGAAAAGACUUCAACAUAUCAUCAAAACGAAUCGCGAAUCACCGCCACCUCGAUAUGUUCAAAUCGUUGUCAGUUUGAUUGACUGCCAGGAUAACUGGGAAACUGAACGUAUCACUUUCGGAGCUGCUCAAACGAAAUUGGAAGAAGAAACAUGUGGUACUUAUCGUAUGCAAGAAUUUUGUCAGGAAUUUCCUGGAAGAUCGGUAGCAUUGAUGACAGGAAAGAAAGAAACGGAUACAUCAGUCAUGGCCCGUUACAAAUGUGCGAUAAUUCAGGAGAAAGGGAAGAAAGGAGUCGAAGCCCUCUGGACACAAAUAAUCAUUCCACUGUUCGUUGUCAUGUUUGUUCUCGUUGUCAUUUACAACUUCCGCAAAGUGUGUACAGAGGAAUCACAGAAGAAGACGAAGCUGGCCCCAGCUAUCAAGUCUAUCCUUGAAAACAGUAUGGAUACCAUCACGCUCAAUUUCUCGCAUGUAAAGAAACCCCGAAAAGAGCUGGCUCGAUUCGACGAAGACUCUGACUCAUCUAUCGGAAUUCUGUUCACCCUUUGA